CUUUUUCCGGUACUGAAAACUUAUCAGCUGGUGCUGUCUGGACUACCAAAACAUUUUUACGUUCAUCGUUGACACAAGAUGACCAUUGUAUACAGUUGUGUGGCCAAUGGCACUACUGUGCUGUGUAGUCACCAGAUAGGGGCAGGUUCUUUUGAGACGGUUGUGGAGUCCAUACUCCGAAACAUCCCCACACGUAAUGAUGGCAAAACAACCUACAGUUCUGACAGUUAUAUGUUCCACUGUGAAAUAGCCAAUGGUAUCAUUUUCCUGUGUGCAGCGAAGGCAGACUUCGGAAAGAAACAACCUUAUGCAUUUUUAGCUGAGAUCAAGAGAAAGUUUCAGAGUGGGACAAUGGCAAUGCGUGCCGUGACUCCAAGGUCACAUGAACUGGAUGGAGAGUUUGGUAUGGUUCUUGGUCAGAACAUGGAAAAGUUCUCAAAACCAGCCAACGACAACUUGUCCAUACUGAGGUCACAGGUUGACGAGGUCAAGGAUGUCAUGACACAAAACAUAGAGAAAGUUUUAGAAAGAGGAGAGCGACUGGAUGACCUGGUGGACAAGACUACUGAACUUGAAGCCAGUGCACAAACAUUCCAAAAAACAGCUACAAAGUUGAGACGCAAGUUUUGGUGGAAGAACACGAAGAUGAUGCUGAUUUUAGCGGUGGUGAUACUGGUUGUAUUGACAAUCGUAGUGUUACUGAUUCUGUAUGGUGCAGGUGUGUUCAAAUCGUCUCCAUCGACGACUACCACCACCACUGCCCUCCCACCGACAACUGUACAAUCCAAUGGCAGAUAAUGAAACUGCAAUCACUUUUAUUAUUGUUAACAGUGCCAAUUCAUAAAUAAGUGUCCUUUUCUGUUUGACAAAUUAUACUUGCCUUAAUGAUAGAAGGUUACUGUCAGAUUUCAAAAUACAUUUAAUGCUGGUCUUUUAUUAUCAAGUAAAUUAUUCGGCUUUGUUUAACUUUGUCCUGCAUAAGCGUGGAAAGGCAAUGUACGAACUGUUCCUGAGGGAAAAUUUUUAAGCAAACUUAAAUGACUUUACAAAAAAGAGAUGACUUUGUGAAGUUAAAACAACAUUAUGACGUUAAAAGAGUAUUUGUAAUGGUGGUACAGACACUACUCUUCUGACUUCAAAGAAACAACAGGAAUACUGGGUAUUUGAAUGUCUGUUUUCUGGGUUUAUCAUGUCAUCGUUGUUGUGGUGGUGUCUGACAAUUGACUUCUGCAGUCCACCUUGCUUGCAGUAUCUUGACUUGACAUCUGUCUUAGAUGUUUUUACAUGCCUAUCAAACAUUUCCUUGCACGGUUUUCAAUUGAUCAUUUUCACACUUGAAAGGCUUCAUUGUAGUAUGAUAUAAAACUGUUAGUGAAUGUCAAUUCGAUUUGAUUGUAUAUGAAGGAGUUGUUUGUUUCAUAAACUUAAUUUCUCCUCUGUCAUGUUUUCAAUCAAACAUUUUUCAAACUUGGUAGACUUUAUGACUACGACAAGAAAUUGUAGACAACAGUGUGAUUCCAUGAUUUUCAGAGGAGUUAUUGCCCUUGGUUUUUCGGUAUUUUGUCAGAAAAUCACUUUAGGAUUUUAACUUAUUUCUUUGAAAUUAUAUGUGCUUUAUAACAUGACAUGAAAUUUUCUUUUCUUAAAAGGCAUUUGAUUCUGUAUUUUUUGGAAGUGAUAUUGCCUUUUGGUAUUUUCUUCAUCUAAAUCCUCCUACAGUUUUUGAAGGAUGUUGUUUUAUCAUCCAAAAAUAUAGUACUUGAUAAGCUUAGAAAAAAGUCAGUGCCCUUUCUUCUUUGCAGCUAUUUGAUCUUGUUUCUAGUUUCUCCCCUUCAGUUGAAUAUUUUAUCUUUUUUCUAGUUUCUCCCCCUCAAUUUUCAACUGAUUUGAAUGGUUCACAAUUGAUGGACCUUGUUUUGAUGACACAAAAUUGUGCUUUGUGGCAUAUUGAUAAUCCAAUCUUUGGCCAGGAGGAGGCAUAUUUGUCUCUGAUUUUCUACUCAAUUUCAAUAUAUAGAGGAUUUUUUUGUAUUCCACUCUAAAUAUUAGUUUGUCUUUUUGUAUUGCUUAACAAGAAAUAUGUGGUUUUAACUCAGAAUUCCUUGUUACAUGCAGUUAGAUGUGUUAGAGCUGUUUAUGUUUAUCAGUAUGUUGUAUUUUGUUCAUUGGUAACAAAAUUUGGACAAAUGUGUUCAACAAAUACUCAAUGUAAGAUGGCAUAAUUGUUUGUAACAUUAAAAUUUGAAAGUACGGCUUUUCAUUUUCUUUCAGGAAUCAAUAGAAAUCAGUAUUUUGUUUUAAUAGCCAUUUAGUUCUGUACAUAAAUGUUUUACAUUUGCUUGUAGACAAAAGUUAUUUCCUAUUACAAUGUACAUACCUGCUGUAAGUUGAACAUUCAGUGGAACCUGUCUAAAAUGGCCACUACAAGAAGUUAAGUAAUUGGUUGAUCACGGGAGUAACAUCCCCUAUACCACAGAUGAAGCUGGUCUUCAAGCAAAGGGUUGGUGCAAUAUACAGGUCUGAUUGUAAGCCAAAAUGGCUGGCUUUAGCUAUUUGAUUACUAUGAAUUAUUUUUCUUAGGUAAGGAGCAUUUAAAGGCAGGUAUUUGUUAUAUAGAGGUGACAUUUUAGACAAUUUUACAGUAUUUCAACAUCAUAUUGUCCAUUGAUCAGUCAGGCAGUCACCAUGUUGUUGUGUACAUUAUACUAUGGUAACCAAUUUUGUACCUUAUCUUAUCAAAUACCAGUACACUGUACAUAUAUGUUAAACAAGUAGAAAAUAUGUAUCAGCUUAUAAUUCCAUCAAGGUUGAUUCCUCCAACCUGAGCAACUGUUCAAGAUAUCUUCACCAGACUCAAUGGUACCGUGUUAUUUGUGAAAGUAGCCUCUUAUUUUUCAGAUAAUUCAGAUGGAAUUCCUUCUCUGAAAUAAUAUAAAUAUUAAAUUGCCAUGUAACUCCAUCAAAGGCCUAAGAUUGUGUACAAUGUUCAGUGUGAUUAUUUGUUAGUUACUGCUCUGUAUCUUCAUAGUACUAAGCUCAUCUUCACUAGCUUUGUACACAUGCUCUAUCAUGAACGUCAGUUUAGGAUAAAACAAUGUCAAUCCCUUCAAUCUGACAGACUGAUGUUUUUUGUUACACAGCUAAACACCUGCCUUUUUUUAUCAUUUUCAUCACUAAUUAAUGUAUUAUAUACUAUAUAUAGUUCUCGCAUUCUUUCAAGCUUUAUCUUUUACAUUGUAAAAGUGAACACAAGUGAUUAUUUCCAUCCCUGCUUCAUAUCUGAACUUUUUUUUGGUUCAGUUUCUACACUGGUAAUCUUCGAUAAUCAAAAGACAUCUUAAAAAUACAAUGUUUAUUGUCUUCUAUGAAUAUUUUUGUGAUAUCUUAUAAUAAAUUUUGAAUGA